AUGGCAAUCAAAGCGGCAAUGGUGCAUUGCCCAGUAGUUGUAAAACAAAUCAUCAAACGUGCAAGGAAAAGGGCACCCACUCACAGCAACGCCCUCCAAUUGCUGCAGCCAUCAAGUGAGCUAAGGAUAUUCUUGUGCAUUCACGGACUUGAUAACGUUCCUGCUUCCAUCAACUUCAUGGAGAUCUCAAGAGGGCCAUCAGACCCUGGCAUUCUGAUAUAUGUGGCAGAGAUUAUUGAAUUAACUGAUCAUAUAACAGCAACAAUGGAGAGUGGCGAAGGAGUACAUACUAGUACUAUAAAAGACCGGGCAGUGAUAGAGAUGAGAGAACGAGUAACCAGCUCGUUUCAAGCCUAUGUAGAUAAUGAUGGCGAUGGCAUUACUCUCAAAAGAACAUUGGCAGUGUCAACAAUCACUAACAUGGCACAGAAUAUCUGCGUAUUAGCGGAGGAAUUGAUGAUUGCUCUCAUUAUACUUCCAUUCCACAGGAACCAGCGUCCGGAUGGAAAAUUGGACGGUGGAAAUCGAGCCUUCAGAUAUGUGAACCGAAAGUUAUUAAAGAAUUCUCCUUGUUCGGUGGGGAUUCUAGUGAACAGAGGUUUUGGGUCCAUUGGGAAAAUAUCAAGGACUGAGCCAUCACUGAAAGUAGCAGCAGUAUUCAUUGGCGGAAAAGAUGAUAGAGAGGCACUUGCUUAUGUGGGUCGUGUAGCAUGGCAUCGGGGAGUAAAAGUGACAGUGAUAAGAUUCCUGGUAGAUACCAGUGCAGAAUCUUCAAGACUGGCGGCUUAUAGGGUCAGCCUUCCAGAGCAGGAGGAGGAGAUGGGAUUGGAUGAUGAAUGCUUUGCGCAGUUCUAUGAACAACAUAUAGUUGGAGGUCGCAUUUCUUAUUUGGAGAUGCAUCUUGCAAAUGCGUCCGAGACCUUCUCUACUCUCAGAUCAUUUGAAGGGAAAUACUCACUGGUCAUUGUAGGAAGAGAAGGUGGAGCAAACUCUGUCUUGACAAAGGGUAUGAAUGACUGGCAACAAUGUCCAGAACUCGGACCAAUAGGGGACGUUCUUUCAGGACCAGACUUCUCAAAGUCAGUCUCUGUGUUGAUUAUCCAGCAACACAAACUAAGAGGAGAACUAGAUGGCCUUGACGAGGACUUCUCUAUCAUGCAGUAG